AACUGACUAAAGCUGCUUGUCACUAUGUGCUGUGGGGGCUUUUUGUUUUGUUGAAACAUGUUGGGGAAAUGUAAUGCAUGCAUUGUAUCUAUAGAAACAAUGUCCGAAUCCAAGUGAUUGCACUGGACUAUAGAGAACUGAAGCAGGCAAGAUAAGUACUCCACCCUAGCCAUGCUGAAGCAAUUCAGCCUCCUCAAACAGUUUGGAUCUGCAGGGAAGUCUCAAGAUGCUUCGGACCUCCUCUCAGAAAAUCUGGCUUUGGUGGAGCAGAGGGUGGAGCCUGUCAAGAGGGCUGCUCACAUUGUUUACAAAAGGUUGUCAGGCUGCCUGCAGAGUCAGCAGGGCAUGGAUGCAGAGAGACGCAUGAAGAAGCUGCCUCUGAUGUUGCUCUCUGUCAGUAUGGCUGAGAGCCUGAAGGACUUUGAUGGAGAUUCCACCCUCAGGAAGGUCCUAGAGAUGACUUGCUUCAUGCAGAGUUUUCUCGCAAAGACCCUGGCAGAUUUUGAAGUGCAGUUGGAGAAGAAAGUUUUGGAGCCCCUCAAUAAACUCAGUGAGGAGGAUCUGGCUGAGCUUUUGAAGAACAAGAAACAGUUUACUAAACUCACAACUGAAUGGCACAAUGCACGCAACAGGUCCCAGACCAGCUCAGGGCCGCAGGCCAAGCAGGACGGGCUGCGGGAGGACAUGGAGGAGGCCUGGAGGAGGCUGGAGAACAUUAAGGACGAGUACUCUGCAGAUCUUUACCAUUUUGCAUCUAAAGAAGAUGAGUAUGCAAGCUACUUUGUCCGGUUGUUGGAUCUACAGGCAGAAUAUCACAAGGUAUCUCUUCAGUUUCUGGAGAGGAACAUUUCAGAACUGAAAGAGAGCUGCAUCCAGGCAGGAAACCAAGUGUGCGCGCAGAGUUGCUCUUUGGGGAAGGUGUUUGGAAGGCCUCUGCUGUCUCACCUGCUGGACAGUGGAGAGGAGAUUGCCCUGCCCAUCCAGCUCUGUGUGCAGAUGCUGCAGGAGAAGGGCCUGGAGGAGGAGGGAUUGUUCAGGCUGGCAGCUUCAGCCUCUGACAUGAAGAGGCUGAAGUGCAGUCUAGACUGCGGCCUGAUCGACCACAGCGAGUUCAGCUCCGACCCCCACGCUGUGGCUGGGGCACUGAAAUGCUACCUGAGGGAGCUGCCGGAACCUCUCAUGACCUUUGACCUCUACAGCGAUUGGUUCAAAGCAGCAGGGGAGAAGGAGGAGUCAGACCGCCUGGAGCAGCUAAAGAGGGUACUGAAGAAACUGCCCGUAGAGAACUACAAAAACCUUCGGUACCUGAUGAAGUUCCUGGCCCGUCUGUCAGAGCACCAGGCCGUCAACAAGAUGAGCCCCAGCAACAUUGCCAUCGUGCUGGGACCCAACCUGCUGUGGCCCCACAGCAAAGGGGAGGACUCUCUCAUGGACAUGGCCUCCACGUAUUCUGUCCAGGUGGUCGCUGUGAUCGAGCCACUCAUCCAGUACACCAACGACCUGUUCACUGAAGAAGAGGACUUUGAUAUCCACGAAGUUCUGGGAAGCCCGGAUUUCAGCGAUUCCCUGCUCCGGCGCAUGGACUCUUGGAUGGCACACACUCACGGCACGACCCUCUCCUCCCCCCUCUCACUGACGAACAGCUCCUCAGUUUUCUCCAGUGCUCUUGCUACUGACUCCAGCCCAGCAACCUCCCCGACCCAGAGAGAGAAUCCACCCUCUCACAGUGACUACCCGAAUUCCACACAAAACCAGGACAAGGACAGUAACCAGGGUCCGACCCCAGAGCCCAAACCCCAGGGUCCAAACCAACCCCAGCGCUAUCCUACAGCACCCACCGGGACCCUAAGAGAUCAGAGACAGCAGUGUAAACUACGCCGCAUGCGGAGGAGUACAGAAGGAGAAGUGAGCCCCGGUCUCUCCUGGCAAACGAACAGCUCCAGCCUCUCUCCACACUCAGCCCAGCCUGUCGCCCCAGAGCCCGCCUCAUCGUCCAUCACACCCCAGGAUUCCUCCACCCUUCGGGGCAGGAACAGAAGAGCUCUGCUCCGAGCCCCCGCCGUUGCCCCUCCCCCGCCCCCUUGCCAGCUCUCCUCCGCCAUCCAAUGAACCCGGCAACUCUGGAAUUCUGUUCGGAAAUUUCCUAUAUUUACAUCCGUCACUAAUCUCCAUGGCAAAUUGUUUUCACUACCUGGGCUGCUCUCCCUUCUUCACCUGCAGCAGGCUGUGCAGCAAGACAGCGCUGGGGCUGUCCUCUUCAGCAAGGCCCACAGUGAGAACAGAACACAGCCCCCACAUAUCAAUGCAUGUUAUUAAAAACAAGACUUUUUAUUAUACUCAUUAUACAAUAUAAUUGUUACUAUUUGUAAGUGCACCACAUACAUUUGUAUUGUACAUAUACAUACGUUUUUUUAGACUGGCCUUGACUGCUCAAGGCAUAAGGCAUAAAAGUGUAACACAGUUACCCAAAGGCCGCCCACAAUGUUUUGCUUAAGCUGUUUGUUUUGUUUCUUUGUUAUAAACAUUAACAAUACACACCUAACAGAAAUGUAUGGGCAUUUUAAAAUUGAACUUGGUAAUACAACUCCAACAGCAACAGCAUAAUGUAUUGGCUUUUGAGAGGAAGCGGAAAGCAUGAAGGAUGACUGCAGAAAGUUUCGCUGGAACGAACAGUAAACGAUGAUGGGAACUGUGUGUGUCAGAUGCAUAUCACAAAAAAAACAUGCAUAAUAUUCUUAUAACAUGAAAAAAUAUAUUAAUACUGACAAAUAUCUACAAACAAAAUCUGUUUAAUUUUCCCAUUUCAUUCGAUCUGUUUCCUCAAACUAACUCAAAGUCCAUAUGCAUCACAUUACAAGAGUUCCCUAAAAUAAAAACACUUUGUGUGA